AUGGCAACUUCAACGCCCAUUUCAUCGUCUUUCUUCUCCUCACAAGCUCCAACAAUUUAUCGUCAGAAUCAGCAACUCCCAUUUUUCCCUAAUCAUCAUCCAAGAAACCGAACCUCCCAAAAACCCUACUCUUUCAAGGUUCAAGCCGCCAAGCUUCCUACUGGAGUGGAAUUGCCAAAAGUAGAGCCGAAAUUCAAGGCCCCUUUUCUUGGGUUCACAAGAACUGCUGAAGUAUGGAACUCUAGAGCUUGUAUGAUUGGUCUCGUUGGAACUUUCAUUGUGGAACUGAUUUUAAAAAAGGGAAUACUACAAAUUAUUGGGGUGGAUAUCGGAAAAGGCCUUGAUCUUCCUCUAUGA